UUUGCUUCGAAAUUCAAAAGUUGUGCGAUCGGAAUCGGUCUUGUCUGAAAAAUCAAAUAGCAUUUGCAGAAACGAAUUGCAUUUAAACAAAACAUAACCCCCACACACUAACAAUUAUGGCAAAUCCAUUGUGGUUUAUCUUCUGGCUUUUGGUCUUCUGGUUCGUUUCGUUCUUUGUGGCAUUCUUCUGUGCCUUCUUCUACAUCUGGGUGUAUGCAUUCGCCUCGUGCAUUCCCGCCUUACAAGGCAUUGCAGAUAUAUUACUUCAGGGCGUGCAGUUCCCAUUCUAUUGCGGCAAGGCUAUGCUGGAGGGAAAACCGGCCUUUUAGGUCUCAUAAAUCAAUCUAUGCUCACACUUCUUUUUACACAUAAGCGCAUCAUAAUUUAUAUGUAUUUCUAACUUGUCAGCAGCCUUCUUUUUUUAAAUGAUAAAGUGUAAUUAAUUGUUAUUUUUAAAAA